AUGAGGGCCGUUAAUUAUUUCACAGAAGCUGUGUUGCAAGGUUUGAGAGGAGGAAUCGGAUGGCCACAAUCUGAUGAAGAAGCGAAAUUAAUUGGACAAAAAUUUGCGAUAAAAGGGGGAAACCGUUUCUUCGCGGGAGCUGUUGAUGGUACACUUAUUGAAGUUGUUGCUCCGUUACAAAGUCGGCUGACAUUUGUGUAAGAUUAUUUUACAUGAAAGUUUAAGAAUAGGUAUAUAUCUGAAAUUUGGUUUUAAAUCUCAAAGGUAAAAUACUAAAACAAUUUCUUCAGGACACGCCAUCAUACAACAUGUAUCAACGCUGUUAUUGUUGCUGAUACCGACAUGGUAAUUCGGUACUUUUGGGCCGGUGCAGGUGGAUCCAAACAUGACGAUGCUGUACUAAGAAUAUCGUCGUUACAAAGAGCAUUUGAUGCAGGUUUUCGACCUUUUCCUGGGGCAGUACUGAUUGCCGAUUCUGGGUAUGGUGAUAGAUCGUGGUUGCUAGCGUACCGUCAGAACCAUCCUCCAGCUUACGAAAAUUUGUACCAGUAA